AAUCAUUAAAUAUGAUUUUUACUUACUUUGAUAUGAGAGUAUAUAGAAAUAUUAAUUAUUCAGAGAUUACAAAGUGGUAAUUAUUUCAAAAUCUAAGAGAAAGUAAGAAUUGAUUGGAAGAUGUAUGCAUGUCAAUUAUUUGUAUGGAAUUCAGUUGUAAUUGUUUCUAAAUUUAUUUUGUUUGGAUUCUAAGAAUUAAUUGCAGACUAAUUAAAUGAAACAGGUUCUUUUCUUUUAUCUCCUAUAACAAAUCCUGAAUUCCUUUUGGUAUUUGUUAUGAUAAUCAUUCCUUUUAUUAUGAAUGCAAUAACAGUAUUUUUAAAUUCAUUAUUUUAAGUUUUGGAUUUAAGAUAAUAUACUCAAGAAAUCUGAUUUUAGUAAUUAAGAGGAGAAAUAAUUAUUAAUUGGAACAUUCUAUGAGGGAACAUUAAAUGAAUAGUUUACAUAAGAAUUAGUUGUUUUGUGA